AUGGUAUGUAAGUAUGCAAGUCCCAGGUGUACUUCUAUAUUGGAAGAACGAUACACCUCAUUCCUGUGUUCACCUAGUCUUGAACUGGUGUUCAAAAGCUUUGUAGAUUAUUUCUCUGUUCGAGAGAAAUUUUCCAGAUCUGUUAUGCAAAUUAUUUCUUCAAAUCAAAAUAUGACAAGCACGAUACCCAUUGUUGAUUAUACGAAGCUGCGCACUGAACAACUCAGGAAAUUUGUAUGUGCAGCAGUAGCAGAGUCGACAACUGCUGGUGCGUUUUCUUAUUAGUUUUCAGUUACUGUAAUCCCUGUUUACUCAAUGCUAUAUUAAUAGCGCUAUCAUGUAAGGAUCCAGAGCUUGGUAAAAUAAUUGGGUACUUGUCUAGAUUAUCUUCGGCUGCUGUUUUUGUCUCAACAAAAAAAAUUGUAAAAUCUUUCUUAACAAGCUUAACCUUACUAACCAUAUCGAAGAUCUAUUUUGUAUAAAUUGUAAAUAUUUACUAAAUUGUAAUUGUAUUCAUUACUAAUUAUUUUUUUCUCAAAUGUAAAUAGUCGUAAUCUUUAAUACUUUUUAUGCCUGUAAAUAUCAAAAUAGUGCGAGGGCCGUAUGUUAGAUAGCUUUUAUGGUUAAUAUGUUUUCCCCUCGUGAAAUAAAGUUUCUAUUCUAUUCUAUUCUAUUCUUGGUACAGUUGUUGGUGCAGUUUAUUGCUGUAGUCUUCAGUGACAGAAUCUUCCUGAUUCAGAAACUUUGUACCUAAACCGAGAAAUUAUUUCUAUUGCAAUCAACCUCUCAAUCUCCUCAAGGUUGGUGGACUCUAAGACCCUUCUUUAUUAGUAUAUGGGGAUGAUUUUUUGAUUAUUUGUAUGUGGGCAUAUGUAUUGGUAUGGCCGGGAAACUACCUCCUGAAGCAUUCCCUUAGUAAAAAAGAUCCGAAUGAACUCCAGCUCACAGUUCAUACCUCUGGUGAAACCUUGAUCGAAAUGGAUCCUGGACAUGUCGGUGAGGGGAAAAAUCACCAUAUCCGUCAUGUACUAUGGGGCCUAGUGGGGGUGCUAGACAGUGAGCUUUCAAAACCUUGGGUCCUAGUGGUUGGACUUCCCUCUACCUCUACUAAUCCCCCUGCCUUCCCUCUACACUUACACAUUUUCCUAAUGGGGGUUGGGGUUCUCAUAACUGCUACUUCCCUGAGGCUAUGAAACAGGAACAGCAGCUAGGAACAGGAUCAAUAUCUUCAUAUCUGCAAAUAAAAAGUUUUUUAUAGACAUAAUCUAUAUGGCACCACUCAUGAGAAUCUAAUGAAUUUUAUUAGCAAUAUACUUGGCCACAUGUCUUUUAUAUACUUCUCAAGUACAUCUCAAAAAUAGUGGUCAAACACUGCCUACUAAUCAGUAAACUAAGGAAAGGAGAUGUGUAGUUAUAUACAUGUACUAUACAGCAAGACUACAUGUCACUGAGAAUUCCUUGUUAAUUGUGCUUUUACCGAGCCCUAGAUAUUUACUGCAAGUGCAAAUUUGGAAAUCUUCACUCAAGUGAUAAACUGUCCGAUAUUGUCAAAGUAGCAAUAAAUAGGCAGGCGUGUAUAUUCUUCAAUGAUCAAUCAAUCAAAAUAUUUAAUCAAGGUACCUACGAUCUAUAUACAGGAGGUAGGUCCUUGCAGGAGGAUCGGAAGGUUAACCCUGUAUAAGAACCCCCUUAGAAAGGAUUAGUAAGUAGAUAAAAAGUGUUAAUAGUAUGUACAUUAAUGAGUGUAUAUUAGUAAACUAAGAUAAACAUAUUAGUAAAUGAAUAAAUUAGCAAAUUAGUAAAUAUUCAUGUGGCGCUUGAGUUCCUGCUUAAAACUAUGAAAACUAUUUGCUUCGACGACGUUCAGAGGCAAAGUGUUUCAUGCAGUGACUAUUCUGACAAAAAAAGAAUACUUAUAAGAGUUAACUCUAGAAAACUUGGUAUAUAGUGUAUAUUUGUGAUUUGAUCUGGUUUUCCACGAUUUCUUAUAUUCAAAAACUUCAUCGAAGUUUAUACCAUUUAGGCCAAAAACUGUUUUAUAGCACUCUAUGAGAGAUAAGUACUCUCUGCGUUUUUCCAAAGUAUUCAUUAUUAUUAUUAUAUGCAUAUCGUUCUCUCUGCUGACGGGCAACAAGUCGUCUCUGUCGACAGGCUUUCAAGUAUCGCCUAUACGAGCCUAGGUUUAAUUUUUCUCUCUUCCUCCCACCCUUCAUUCUUUUUUGCUCUUCUUUGAUUUUCUUCCCUGGCCCUAAAACCGUUUGAUUCUUUUCUACCCCCGAGGAUGGGGGAAUUAUAGAAGAAUAUACACCCCAAAUAGUGGCUUACUGCAAAUCAAAUGCCCUAUCAAUCACAUACUUAGAAAUGUUUUCUUUCAGGAAUCGAUGGGCUUAAGAUUAAAGAUUUUAUUAAAUGGAUGACUGGAUCGAAAACCAUGCCACCUGUAGGAUUCCCAAUUUGUGCAUGGAUGCAAAGACGGAUGCCACUGUCGCCCAACCGUUUCAACCUGUGAUAUAACCAUGAAGAUCCCUGUUCAUAUUAAUUCUGAAGAAGAUUUUCAAUGUGGAAACAGUACCUGUAAUAUUGUAAUAUUUGAAUUGUGUAUCUUGAAACCUUUCAACCAAGGUUUCGAUUAAUGUUGAAAUAAUGUAGAAUAGCUUGUAUAAUAGCUAAAACUUUGUGAAAAUUUUAGCUAAAGGUUUCCAAUAGCUAAUGAGUGACACGUUUCAUAUUCACUGAAGGGCUUGAAUCCUGGUUCUUCCAUUAAUUUAUUGUAGAAUCAUGCAGAUUAAAAUUAUUUCGGAUGUUUCGGCUAUGUGACCAACAGAGAAACAAGACGUAGCAAAUAGAAUUGCGGUUCAUCAUACGGAAACAAACCAUAGCAUUGAUUAGGAGGGAGCUACUUGUAUGGAAUUUAAUGGUUUUCAGGAUGACAAAGCUGGCAUCAACAUUUGCCGCAAUAUCCCACAUACACUGGACUAAUUGCGCAUGAAUGCAGGCUCACAUUCCAUAAACACACAAACACACGCAUGUCAUUUUGACGCAAGAUAAAAUUAAACUAAUAUACGGUAACUUUAAAUUUGAAAACUGUGAUAUGUCAUUGAUGAUAGGCAGCCAAAACGUCAGAAAUAAUUUUUAAAUCUUAAUCUGGAUGAUCGUGCAAUAAAUUAAUGACGGAUUUGUUUAAGCACGGUUAAUAGAAGGAGACUGGUUAGGCUAGUCGUACCACAUGACCAAAUAUGUUAUUCAACCUUGUUUUCACGGGUCAUGUGAUGCGAUCCCAGCAUCAAAGUUCAAUCAAAAGGAAUGCUUAAAUAUUAUAUUGCGAACACGAGAGUUGACUGCAGAACUAAAGAAGCGAAUUGACGCAAGCAAUAUUUAUAUUUGCGAACUUCACUUCAAGCCAGAAAGUAUUUUAACAAGUACAUAUCGGUAUUUGUAUUGCAUUUUAUGCGACUCAUUAUUAAAUGCUUAUAUGGACAAAGGGUCUAUUCAUGAAUAAUUUAAUGUGCUGCAGUAAAUGAUAGAGCAUCACCGAAUCGCAAGGUCUUUGACCUUCAUGCAAUGUAUGUCAGUGACGUGCAACUUGAUGUCAUUCACAAGGUUCACAAUAUUUUUGCUACAUUGCGGUUCUUCGCUGAUGCUUGUCACCUCAUAAAAACUGCUUGGAACUGUCUCUACAACUCUGGAUCAGGUUCGCACAGUCAAUUUAUGUGGAAUAAUGGUCAUCACUUACUAUUCAGGCACAUCGCGGAUCUGUUCCACAGUGAUCAAGAGUUUGCUUUGCACACCUUACCAAAGUUUCUCUUGAUCACAUUGUUCUUACGUCCUACAGCAAGAUGA